UUGGGCUAAUACUAAGUUAAGAGUGGAGAAAACCUAGUAUAAAAAGAAGAUGAAGAAGAGAGUAUCGAUGCCCACGAGAAGCAAAUAUAAUUCGAUAUUCGAUAUAUUGGUAAGUUAAAAUGGAGAGUGUAAGAGAGAGAUCAUCAUCAAGCUUUGUAUUUUUCUUGUUUAGUACUGCUUCUAUUGUGUUGUUUCUUAGCUCAAACUAUGUUAAUGGGUUAAGAGACCUAAAGCUAAAGGAGAGAGAUGGAAAGGAGAGUAGGUCUAUGAGUUCUACUGCGUCUUCAAGCGUUUUGGAAAAGCACUUUUAUACGAAUGUUUCGACUGUUGGGUUUGAAAAUGCAGUGGUUGGUGAGAAUGGUAAUGAAAACAAGAGUGGAGAUUGUAAACCGCGAGGUGGAGGUGGUGGUGGAGGUGAAACCGGAAAAGACAAUCCCCACAAAAAGAAAAGAAGAAGCGGUGGUGGUGGCGGCGGCGGUGGUGGUGGUGGUGGCGGCGGCGGCGGCGGUGGUGGUGGUGGUGGCGGCGGUGGAGGCAGUAGCGGAAGUGGCUCAGGCCGUGGCUGGGGUGGAGGAGGUGGUAGUGGUGGUGGUGGUGGUGGUGGGGGCGGUGGAGGUGGUGGUGGUGGUGGUGGUGGUGGAGGAGGCGGCAGCGGUGGUGGGGGUGGCGGCGGUAGGGGUGGCGGCGGCGGUGGAGGGGGAGGAGGAAGUGAUGGGAAGGGCGGAGGAUGGGGUUUUGGAUGGGGAUGGGGAGGUGAUGGACCCGGCCAAAACGGAGGUUAUUGUUGGUAUCCCGGCUGUGCUAAAAAGGUCAACGGGAAGUCAUAACUAAAUACACUAUUGUCACAACUACAUACACUAUAUUCCCACUGUUUUGCACCCCCUUACACUAUAUUGUCACAACUACAUACACUAUCUUUCCACUGUUUUUGCACCCCCUUUUAUCUGUUGUUGCACUUUUACAAAGAAAACAUCCGAUUAAUUUCCUUGUUAGUUUUCGUUGCAUCUCAUGUACUUUGACUGAAAAACUAAAGAGUAAUAUUUCCCAUUU